AUGUCGGACGAGAUCGUUUGGCAGGUUAUCAACCAGCAGUUUUGCUCCUACAAGCUCAAAACUACCAAGGAGCAAAAUUUCUGCCGCAAUGAACACAACGUAACUGGCUUGUGCAAUCGGCAAUCCUGCCCUCUCGCCAAUUCGCGAUAUGCGACGGUGCGCUCCGACCCCGAGACCGGAAACAUGUACCUGUACAUGAAGACCGUCGAACGUGCCCACAUGCCCAGCAAGUGGUGGGAACGUGUGCGCCUGUCCUCCAACUACGCCAAGGCGCUGGAGCAACUCGACGAGCGCCUGAUCUACUGGCCCAAGUUCCUGGUCCACAAGUGCAAGCAGCGUCUCACCCGCCUGACGCAGGUGCAAAUCCGCAUGAGGAACAUUGCCAAGGAGGAUGAUCGCCUCGGUGAGAAGAUCGUGCCCAAGUUAGCGCCUAAGAUUCGCCGCCGUGAGGACACUCGUGAGCGGAAGGCUUUGUCUGCGGCCAAGGUGGAGCGUGCAAUUGAGCGCGAGCUUAUCGAGCGUCUGCGCAGUGGUGCCUACGGUGACCAGCCGCUUAAUGUUGACGAAAACAUCUGGAAGAAGGUUCUCCGCGGUCUGGAGCGUGCUGGUGAGGGUGAGCGCGAUGAGGAUAUGGAUGAUGGAGAGGAAAUUGAGGAUGAGGAGGAAGGUGUUGGUGAGGUCGAGUACGUCAGCGACCUUGAUGAAGAGGAGGAUCUUGAGGAUAUCGAGGACUGGCUGGGCGGUGAUUCGGCCGACUCCAGCGAUGACUACGAUGAGGAUGAUGAGAGUGAUGAUGAGAGCGACGGCGAGAGCGCGCCUAGCGAGGAUGAGAAGAAGCCCAAGCCUGGUGCCAAGCGCAAGCAUGUCGCUCCCCAGGUCAAGCCGCGGAAGAAGGGCCCUCGUAUCGAAAUCGAGUACGAGACCGAGGGUGUUGGCAAGGAUCAUGUCAUGGCGUAA